GUGAGCGGCAGCGCCAUGGCCGAGCUGGCGGCUGCAGCCGAGGGGCCGCCGAGGGGCCGCACGCCCAGUCCGGGCCCCGGGGGAACGCCGGGACCUCCAAGCCCCCGUGCGGCCGGAGCGGCGGCGGGGUCCGGCGGGGCCCUGUCCCCUCCCGGUGCGGCCCGGCCGCCUCCCGCCGCUUCCAAGUGGGUGCGGCUGAACGUGGGCGGCACGUACUUCGUCAGCACCCGGCAGACGCUGUGCCGGGAACCCAAGUCCUUCCUGUGCCGCCUCUGCUGCCAGGACGGGCCCGAACUCGGUUCCGACAAGGAUGAGACAGGGGCAUAUCUCAUCGACAGAGACCCCACCUACUUUGGUCCAAUCCUGAACUACCUCCGACAUGGGAAGCUCAUCAUCAACAAGGAGCUUGCAGAAGAAGGGGUUCUGGAAGAAGCUGAGUUUUACAACAUCGCGUCCCUGGUGCGGUUGGUGAAGGAGCGGAUACGGGACAACGAGAACAGAACCUCCCAAGGACCUGUGAAGCACGUGUACAGAGUCCUGCAGUGCCAAGAGGAGGAGCUCACCCAGAUGGUGUCCACCAUGUCCGACGGGUGGAAGUUUGAGCAGCUGAUCAGCAUUGGAUCUUCCUAUAACUAUGGAAAUGAAGACCAGGCAGAAUUCCUCUGUGUUGUAUCCAGGGAGCUCAACAACUCUACCAAUGGCAUUGUCAAGGAGCCCAGUGAGAAGGCAAAGAUUCUCCAGGAGCGAGGAUCCCGGAUGUAAUUCCCUGUCCACUCCUUUCCAGCUCCCAGAUGUCCACAGGGCAGCCUGGCUGGGCAGAGCAUCUCUCCACAGCAUCCUGGCCCUUGUACAGUAACCAAGCUAAUGCAAAGCAAAGCCAAGCCUGUCCUGCCAAUGGUGAAUAAUUCUGGUCAUAACCAAAGGCUUCCCUCUUACCUUGGAAACCAAGGAAGGAAAAGACCCUUCCAGUUGAAUAUUCCUUUCCACAAGUGUUCAUUUGAUCUCCUUGGCCAGCACUAUAUUGAAUUUUUCCAACAAUGCCUGGGCCAGGUUCCCAGUCAGAGCCUUUGCAAAGGUUGCUCAGGCCCUGGUGAUCAAUCCCAGCUUCCACAGGCUGGCAGAGGUGGGAAGAUGUGGAUUUGAGCUGUGCCAUUUCUCACACCCAGGGCUCCCACCAGAAUAGUGCAGUGGUCUCGCACUGCUCCCCUCCUGACCAGCCAGCCCCCUAAAUCAGAUCAAAAGGGAGGAACAAAGCAACCAAACAAAACAAAAACAAAAAACCCACACCAACUUUUUCCAUUCUUGCUUUGUGUUUGUUCCUCGUUCAGUUCCUAAGAGCUGAGUUCAGAUACUGAGGGGAGGGGAGCUGUGUGUGCAUCCAGCACAGGUCUUGCUGUUGACACAAUUAUAUGAGGGCUCCUGGCACUUCACAAAGCCCAGUACUUUGCAUGCAUGAACAGAGAGCCCUGCAUCCACCCAGAAUAGCUAUAGAGUGAUAGUUUUGUCCUUUACACUUCUCUGCUGAGGAUGCGUGGUGACAUCUUCCCCUCCAGUACCUUGCCACAGCCACCUCUUACCCUGGUGCAGAGUCACCAGGUGAGGGAGUUGUUGCUGCCAAGUUCAGCUUUGCCUUGUUUGUCUCCAGCAGCACGGGCUCUCUGUCUCCUUCCUUCUCACCAAGGGAGGGCUUGGGGCAGAGUUGCAGAGUUUCUUUUGUACUGUAGCAGCAGGCAGGUUUGUUUCCACCCCUGAGAUUCUUUGCAGAGGAAAACCCCUAUUUACACACAGUGAUUUAUCUGCAGCCCCCUGACAUCCCCACCUUUAAGAGAUCACCUCAGAUUGGGGGGGCAUCACAGAGCUGGGGUGGGGGGGGUUGGUGAAAAGUUGCCAAACUGUUGUAAUGAUGUUUCUUGUCCAAAGUGAUGUGUUGACUUCUGUGACUUUUUUUUUUCUUUUUUUUUUUGGAAUGCCUUGGAUGGAUGUGCAAAAUGUUCCUUUGUGCCUCUCUUGAAUUCUAAUCCUAGCCAAACUGCAUCACUGCUUCCCCUCUGCUAAUCUGUGCCAUCCCUAACCAAGGGCAUGUCCCUCUUAGUCUGAUAAAUGGAAUUUCUUAGGAAUUUGCUGCAUGUUUUUUCUCUUUCAUCCUGCCAUUGUUCUUUGUAGCCCAAGUGUCCAGGCACUUGGUUGAAUCUUUUCAAGUCUCAAACUGACAUUAAACCCAAAGCUUCAGAACUCACAGACAUUGAUGAGCUCAGAGUAGAUGUUUCUCAAUAAGGUAUCAGAAAAUUCCUCACCUGAACUGAGGAGUUGGGCUCCUUUCUGAAGGCAUUCAGCUACCUGUGGUCUCCUUAAAGUUUUGAGGUAGAAUUAGGCAGGUUUCCCAUUUUAUCACUUGCUGCUGGCAGGGCCUUGCAGCAGCAGAACAUUACCAGUGGUCCAUCAACCAGUUCAGCACAGAAGAUGUGCAGCAAAGACACCACUGCAUGCUCUGCCUCUUUUCACUCCUGUCUAUCCUCUUGCCUGUCUUCUCCCAUCCUGCUUUGCCAACGAACCUCCUCUGGUGGAGACUCAUUUUCAAGACAGACUGGUUAAUUAUCUGUGCUAGUUUAAUCCUGGUAAAAACAGACAGUGCCAAAUGUCUUCAAAUUCAUGUUGCACCAGUUGCAGCUGGUUGCCAUCACACUGAAGAUCUUAACCCUUCUUCUCCCCUCCAUCUUCCCUUCUUACAACAUGGUGAGAUGGUCCUGGUGUGACGAGACUGCAUGCCUUGGGCUGGGCCUGAAUAACACUGUGAUGUGUACAGAUCUCUCUCCUCUGUCAGUAUCUUGUAGCCUCAGUCAUCACUUGUCUGUGCUUACAGCUAAGAAAUCCAUGCAUGUAUGCCAGUUUGCUGCCUAAAAAACCCUUAAACACCCUCAUCAGUCUUCUUCCCCUUCCUCAGAGGAGGGAGUUUCUGGGAACUGGUCAUAAAUACCAAACUAAAGGCAACAGGAACUGGUCGAGCUGCUUUUGUCACCUUGAUGCCAGCCAAGCACCUUGCUGUCCCAGCUGGGGCACUCACAGCACGAUUGGUUGCAAAGGGAGAUCUUCCCUGCACAGCUCAAGUAGACAAAAAUGAUACCUCGUUGCUUUCUUAUCACCAAAAAUGCCAUAGGUGGGUUGCCUGAUGUGGGAGUGAUGCCAUCACUCUUCCCCUGAACCACAGAGAGCCUAAAAAUCACCAUUAUCAGCUGAGGGGAACAGCUCUUUAACUCACAUGCACAAGGAUGAUGGUCAGAGUUGCACCUUGGCUUCCCCUGUGCACUGAGGAUGUGCUGGGGACUGAGGAGUCCUUGGGUUUGGUUGCAGAGUCCUUUAAGUUCAACAGAAGAAACUGAUGGUAGGAAACCACUCGUGGAACUGGACACUGAAGUUCUUGGGCAAUAUUUAGGACCAGGUGUGCAGUCCAUCCAGAGCAGGUACAUUCCCAGUGGAGGAUUUCUCCUUUCCUGACCAUGCUGGCUCAUCCUCACCCUGAGGCCAAGGCUGCCCUCAGCAUGACAAACCAGUUGCAUCCCUUCUGUGCCCAAGACAGGGCUUUUUCCUUUUCCUUCCAUUGCCUUUCACUCAGUCACAAGUACAUCAAAACUAGCACUGAAUUAGCCUGAAAUUUGUCCCAUUCACUCUAAAAAAGGUAGCAGUAGAGUAGGUGAGCAGGGGUAGAUCUAGAUAUCCAAGGGUGCUUGUUCCUCUUGGGAAGGUUCACUUUAAAAGUAUUAUUCCUGGGAAUGGAGAAUAACACACUUUGGGUUUUUUAACCUUUCCCAGUGGCCUAAAUUGUUCCAUUAUGGCAAGACUGGAAAUAACCUCUUAAAGUGUCUUUGUUUCUGCACAUUUUUAGAAAUCAAUUUUUCUCAGGGGUGACUGAGUGGGCUGAGACAAAGGGGACAAGGUUUGCUGCCAGGCAGUGGGAUGGAGCAGCUCCCCAGUCCUGCAGCUGGGCUGUGGGCUCCUCCCUUUGGGUUUGCCUGCAAACCUGGAGGUUUUGUACAGUUUGUCAGGUGUCAGUGCCCUUUGCUACUGUUUCUCUUUGUUUAUUAAAUGUGUUUGAAUAACAGUUGA